UUUAUUUAAAAAUAAAUGGUUCUGAUCUAUUUUUUAAUAUAUAUGUCUUACAGUAUAAUUUUAGGCACGGAGAACGAAUUCUAUUUAUGUGUUUUUAAAGGUUAAAUAUUCUUUAAUAGGCUUCUUAGAAAACAUCGCUGCUAGCAGUAGCUUAGCCUCUGCUGCUGUUUUGAUUUUAUUCAUUUACAAAGUUACCGUUGCUUUAUUAUUGUAUUCGAGAACCUAUACCUGCGUCUUUAUUGCAUAUGGAGAUCAUUGAGUUUAAGACAAUUCGUUUAAAACUAAUGUGUGAGGGCAACCAUUAAGCGUCAGUAUAGCGAACGUAAAGGGAAUGACAUUUAAUUCACAGAUAUUUCAGUAGUGUUACUUGAGUUGUCAAAGAUCACCUGGAGAGUAACAGUAAGAUCUAAUACAGAUACAGUUGGGGGCCUGCUGCCACGAUGUCAGACAGUGAUGGUGCAACACAAGAGCCUGCUGGAUUGGAGGGUCUACCACCAAUUUACAGCAUCUUAAAGGGAGAAGUGGUUUCUGUGCAGACUUAUGGAGCUUUUGUCCGUCUGCCAGGAUACAGGAAGGAAGGCCUGGUACAUGUCAGUGAGAUGUCUGCCUCACGGGUGGAGAAGGCCUCAGAAAUAGUGGAUGUUGGGGAACAGGUGUGGAUUAAAGUCAUUGGAAGAGAGAUUCGAGGGGACAAGGUCAAGAUGUCCUUCUCAAUGAAAGCUGUCAAUCAGGGAACAGGGCGAGACUUGGACCCCAACAAUGUCAAUGCAGAGCAAGAUGCCAGGCGACGAAGGCAGUUCAGAGACCAAACUGGAAACAAGAUCACACUGGAGGCCGUACUCAACACCACGUGUUCAAAGUGUGGUUGCAAAGGUCAUUUUACAAAGGACUGUUUCUCUGCCCCGGGGUUGCAAUACGCUCUUUUGCCAGAAGAGGACGACAAAGAGCCACAGCAGCAAAGCUCUGCAUCUGUUCUAAAGCAAGACUCAGACAAAAAGAAGAAGAAAAAGAAGGAGAAGAAAAUGAAGAAGAGGAAGAGAGAGAGAAAGGAGUCAGACAGCGACAGUAGCAGCAGCAGCGGUAGCAGCGAAGACGAAUGUAAAUCCAAGAGGAAGCGUCACAAGCACUCUCAUGACAGAGAGGACAAGAAGAAGAAGAAACACAAGAAACACAAAUCUCAUAAACACAGCUGAUACAGAGACACUUGUACACUUACAGCAGCUUUUGACACAGGUUGUUAAAAAAAGGAGGUGAUUAGAAAAAGACGGGAACUGAACUACAGCUGUGUUUUCUCAGUGAAUCACAAGCUUAUUAAAGGAACUUUUAGUUAAAAAAUGUAAGCAGUGUUGCCAGGACCUUAGAUACUUUUUUUUAGGUCUUUGAAGUUAAAAUGGAAUGCAAAGUUGAGCAAUACCUUGUGGUAAAUUAUAUAUGAAGACACAUGGUAGUUUUCAGUUAUUUGUGUGCUGAGGGAUAGAUUAAAGUCUUGAUGGAAAUGACAUAGCCCUCACUUUGGGGCAGUGGAAUGAAAAUAAGGAUUCAUAUGAUUAGCUGAUGUAUUUUAUUUAUUAAAAAACAUUGCUUUUUGUCAUCUAUGGAUUGUUUUUUAAUUCUUCAUUGGAGGAUUUACAGAUAAGUUAUUGUCCAGUUGGGAGCUCAGCAGGACCAGAUAAUGAAAUACAAGUCUUGCUUCUCCUAAUGAAACCCUGUCUGCCCCAGGGGGGAGGGAUUCAUUCAUCAUAUGUAACCUUAUACCUGUAAACCAUGGCGGUCCCUCCUAAAAUCCAGAUAUUGUACUGAGAUACCAGGUUUCUGAAGCUCUGGGAAACCCAUUAAGCAGAAAUGAGGCAGUGAAGCCAAAUUAUGGGAAGUGAAAAAACACACACACACACAAACACAAGGACAGAG